GAACAAUAACAAGACAUGAAGUUGAAGGUUUCGGAACUUAAUGCUAAUAUAGCCAAACAACAGAAUGACUUCGUGAUUCAGAACGCGACCCUGGAGACAAAAAUAGCAUAUCUUCUCUCGACGGUACAAGACCUAACUACGAAAUAUAUACUGCUUAACGCUACACAUUCUUCAGAGGUUUCACAGCUAAAGACCAGACUGACUGAACUCUCUGCGAAAGAUAACCAUCUAGAAACAACUGUCGCUGCUCUCCAAAUACAAACGACAUCUGUUACCGGUCACACACAAAAUCAAACCAGUACAGGAUCGACCUAUGUUCGAUGGGGGAGAAAAACCUGUCCCGGAAACGGAACUUCCCUUGUUUACAGUGGAUUUGCUGGAGGAUCGUAUUACAGUGGUUCAGGAGGUCCAGCAGACUUUCUGUGUAUGCCACCUGACCCGAUAUACGAGGUAAAUGCGUCAACCGAUGGAAAUGCAUAUGUAUACGGCGUUGAGUAUCAGUCAACCGUCUACGGCUCAGCUCGUGUGGACGACGACAUGCCUUGUUCCUUUUGUAAGACAAGUCGGUCAACCGUUAUCAUGUUACCAGGCCGGAAUCGCUGCCACGCAGGGUGGACGCUAGAAUACCACGGGUGGUUAGCGGGCGGUGCAUCUUCCCAAGCGUCAUCAGAGUAUAUCUGCCUUGACAAACAACCAGAGGCUCUGCAGCAUAGCGUCACUAAUGAGGAAGGACGGUUACUUUAUCUUGUGUCAAGUCAAUGCGGAAGUCUCCCCUGCACACCAUACAAAGGUGGGCAAACUCUGUCAUGCGCUGUGUGCUCUAUUGAAUAAAUAUUAGUGAUAAGUCACUAUUUGAGAUUGAGAUUAGUCAGUAAAUUAUUUGUAUUGGGAAAAAAAUACAGUAAAUUAACAGUUGCUUAGGCUUCAUUUUAUCCUCCCUUCCCUCACUCUCCCUUCUGUCAAGGGAAAGGAAUUUUACCGUCAAGUAGUCUUGAUCAUCAGUGGGUGAAAUAGACUAACGGAAAUGUUUGGGAUGCCCGGGAUAGGAAGGGAGAGAACAAUAGUGAAAAUGAGGGACCAAUAGGCGAGUUGUUCGUAAAUAAUUCGAAUCUACUUUUGCUAUACGAGUAAAGAGAUUUUCUUGUAAAGUAGUAUAGGACACCUUUGAAUAUCAUUCGACGUUAUGAAACCUGCGGAUGUAACCCCACUAGAGCAGACUAAAUAGCUUAAUAGGGAAACUGGACGUAAAUAUGAUAAAAUCCCUUUCUUUCAGUACAUGUAAAGAUUUUGUUAUUAUUAUGCUCACUGUAAAAAAGAUCUGGGGCGAAUAGAGUAGCCGCGCUGUCCGUCCGUCCGCUCGUUUUCCGGGCCAUAACUUCUGUCUUGAUGAGAAUAUACCAAAAAAGUACAAACCAUUAUUUGUUCCCACUGUCAAGAUCAAUGUCGAUCUGAGGUCAAAGGUCAAAUUCGUUGUCCUGAAAAUUACUUCUAACUCAAUGUAGAUAACUCAAUGAUUUGUUAGGGAUAAAUGCAGGAUAACAAGGCGCGUUUUUCCUUUGGGUCUGUAUAUAUGCUCACGGUUAAGAUAACAUUGAAGUUUAAUGUCAAGUACCAUGUCCAGGCCAUGAAACCGUUCUCAUACUCAAGCAUGGACUCUGUGCUCAAACUAGCUUUCUUGUAACUCACUUAAAUCAUGUCAAACGACCCAAAUACUGAUAGCAGUAUUCGGCUUGAAGUCUAUCAUUUUGUUCCGAAUUGUUGACAAAUAAGAUUUUGAUAUCAAUUUAUAACUGGAACAAGAAAAUCAGGCUUGUGCACAAAACCCAUAAUUGAGCAUGAGAAUGGUUUCAUGAAUACGGGCCCGGGACUUGUAUAUUUCUUUAUUUUAACAGACUGAAAAUAUUUCUGUAUCUCCUCGGGAGUUGUCUGUUUGUGGUCAAGACUAUUGUUAUUUGUAGGAGCUGUUAACGUUGUUGAUAAAAAAAAGUUUAGGCAUAUUGUCUAGUAUGGUGCACUGUUCAGAUACAAAAUCUUUGUUAAAAACCUUUGACUUAACCUAUCAUCAGAAAUUAUCAAUUGCAAGUGAAAGUGCAACAGCAUCAGAUGUCUUACCCAUUAAAGCUGUCGAUAUCGAUCAAAAAGGCUUGCUGUUAACUUUGCUGGUACUAAGUGACGAGAUCAAGGAUAUCGGUAAAACUAAGGUCUAAAAUGUUUGAAGUAUUUCCUGUAUAACGUGUGAGUUCCUUAAUGAGUUGGUACUAAUUGUUCUGAAAAGAUUAGUAUAUGAAUUUAAACCAAGUUAUAUCAUUUCAACCGUUUGACGGGUAGGAAUUAGGGUGAAAUUGUUUGCUCUAUGUUAUGCAGUGGCGUGAUGAUCUGUGAUUUGCACGUGCAAAUCCCAACCGCGUGUUACCUGUACGUGUACGCGUCAUUCAGGCGACACGGGUAGCGGCAGGCAGACGUGAAAUUUAAUUUUUACAUAAUUAAAAAUUGGGAUCGAGUUUUGGUGGAAAUAUAAUUUAAAUGAUUAGAUUAAUUUUAUAUUUGAUAUACAUAUAUUGGUAAUCAGUGAUAUGGGAGGUAAUCUGGAAGUGUAUUCACAACAGACAAAGUUUAUGAUAAAUCUAUAAUUAAAUGCAAUCCUUUGUUUGUAGGU